AUGCGCUCUGCCCUCUCUGCUGCAGUCCUACUGCUUGCGGGCUCUGUGAUUGCGCAGACUCCUACUGUUACUGUUACACAAGCUGGCGCAACUACCACGGUCUUCACUACUGGGGCUCCGUCAAUCACGGCAGUGUCAGACUGCCAUCCCCAUAGCACUGUACUCUGGUGCAUGGUCGGCGAAGAAGAAUACCAGGUAUCCGGGCCCACCGCGACCGAAGAAUUCCAAGCAGAGUACACCGGCUGCCACACCCAUGGCUCCGAGACAUACUGCGUCGACGAUGCUGGGGAAGACGUCCUAAUCAUGACCGAUGCUGCAGAAUCGACAGACAGCUCCUCACACACGGAAGAAGAAUCACCCGUGGAGUCUGAGGCCGAACCAGCUGGAAGCAAGGGACAUUGCCAUGACCACGCCGGUGUUGAGCACUGUGUCGGUGGAAGCGCAGAGGAUGUCAACUGUGAUGCUCCUCAACGCGACUACAACAUCCCCCUACGAGUGGGUCUUCUUUUCGUCAUCUUAUUCACCAGUGGACUUGGUGUCUUUAUGCCGGUCUUGACCAGGAGAUUCAACCUUAUUGGCGCCAACAACAUCAUUUUUGUCGUCCUCAAGCAAUUCGGAACCGGUAUCGUCAUUUCCACCGCCUUUGUCCAUCUCUUCACCCACGCCCAACUCAUGUUUGCGAACCAAUGUCUGGGUGUAUUGGAGUACGAGGCCACCACCGCUGCCAUAUUCAUGGCUGGACUGAUGCUGUCGUUCCUGAUUGACUACCUCGGCGCGCGCUUUGUCCAGUGGCGCCAAGGCAAGCAUGUUGCCCCCAACACCGAGGUGGCAACUGCUGGAGACAAAUCUGGAAACACUUCUCCUUCCGCGGAACCCAGCCAUGAGUUCAACCGAAGCCAUGGUCUUCCUCAUGUCCACGGUCCCAUGCGUGAGGCUACCCCCAUGGAAGAGAAAAUUAACGUGCUGAACCUCGAGGCGGGUAUCAUCUUCCACUCUAUCCUCAUCGGUAUUACGCUGGUCGUAGCAAGCGAUGGUUUCUUCAUCACUCUCUUCAUCGUUAUCCUCUUCCAUCAGAUGUUCGAAGGCAUUGCCCUCGGUACCUGCAUCGCGGAGCUCCCCAAAGCUGCGGCCGGAACAGCACAAAAGCUCCUCAUGUGCGGUACCUUUGCGCUUAUCACGCCUAUCGGCAUGGCCAUCGGUAUCGGUACGCUAGACCACUUCAACGGCAACGACCCCAGCACCAUCAUCGCCAUUGGAACGCUCGAUGCACUCUCCGCUGGUAUCCUGGCAUGGGUUGGACUUGUAGAGAUGUUGGCGAGGGAUUGGAUGCAUGGAAAGUUGCUCAAUGCGGGUGCGGUCAGGACCGUGUGCGCGUUGUUCGCAUUGAUUUGCGGUCUCAUUCUCAUGAGUGUUCUCGGCAAAUGGGCCUGA